AUGAAGAGAAACCCUCAGUCGACCUUUCAGAUUGUUAUGGACAUACUGAAAGGAAUGGGAAGAGAUGACACCACGGCAGAACAUCAGGAGACUUUAGGUGUGAAUGCAUGCGACAAAAAGGAUUUGCAUGCAUUGGAAGAAGGCCAUCGAAGGAUAGAGAAAUCUAUUAAUGAAUUGAAAAGUGUACUCGAUGAUUCGAAGAAAAACAAGGAAGAAAUAAUAGACCAAAUGAAGAGCGUACUCCAUGAGAGUUUGAAGGCAUCCAAUGUGGAAAUGAUGGGCCAAGUGACGAACAUACUAGACGGGUUUUUUUCGAAGAAAUUCGAGGAAGCUGAGCAAUUCAAGAACGCUUUGGCUGGGAGUUUGAAGGCAUUCAAUGACCAAUUGACAACCAUGCUUGAAGACCGUUUUUCGAAGAGAUUCGGAGACAUGAUGAACCAACAGAUUCUUAUGGCGGAUAAGAUUAACCCUCCGGAAAAAAUGCUAGAGAGGUUGCCGAGUGCAAUGGAUACGGACAAAGGAAGAGAAAAAAAUGAACUAGAGGAGAAACUGGAGAGUGAGCAGCGCGAGCGUCGAGAAAUAGAACAAAAGAAUCGCAUGCUCGAAUCGGAGCUCCGCCAGAUGGAAGCGAAGGUGCGCGGAUUAAAGGAGCAGUUGGAGGAGCAAGCUCAUAACAGGGACAAGGAGACAGGCUCGCUUACUCCGAAAAUGAUGGAAGAUCACGAACUCCAGGAUAACAUGGCUGCCAACAAAUGUGGAAAAUCGUUGGAAUUAGACAAGCAAGGGAUACCGUCAAGAGGAAAAGAGACGAAGCCUGAUGUUGCACCCAAGCCACCUCAGAACCCAGAUGUAGUGGCCCCUUUAGAUGUAGCACAAUCCCACUCCGCCCUCCUUCUUCUCAACGGGACUCACUAA